UAAGUAACGGGUGAUUUUUUUGAGGUUAGGAUUUUCAUGCAUUAGUAUUUGACAGAUCACGUGGGAUUUCAGACAUGGUGUCAAAGAGAAAGAUGCUCAGUAUGCUUUGACAUUUCAUCAUGAAUAGACUUACUAACGAGCAACGCUUGCAAAUCAUUGAAUUUUAUUACCAAAAAAGUUGGCAGAAAAUCCGCUUUUUUAUCGACAAAUUUUGUUCAGCGAUGAGGCUCAUUUCUGGUUGAAUGGCUACGUAAAUAAGCAAAAUUGCCGCAUUUGGGGUGAAGAGCAACCAGAAGCCGUUCAAGAACUGCCCAUGCAUCCCGAAAAAUGCACUGUUUGGUGUGGUUUGUACGCUGGUGGAAUCAUUGGACCGUAUUUUUUCAAAGAUGCUGUUGGACGCAACGUUACGGUGAAUGGCGAUCGCUAUCGUUCGAUGCUAACAAACUUUUUGUUGCCAAAAAUGGAAGAACUGAACUUGGUUUCAACAAGAUGGCGCUACAUGCCACACAGCUCGCGAUUCUAUGGCCAUUUUGAGGGAAAACUUCGGACAACAAUUCAUCUCAAGAAAUGGACCCGUAAGUUGGCCACCAAGAUCAUGCGAUUUAACGCCUUUAGACUAUUUUUUGUGGGGCUACGUCAAGUCUAAAGUCUACAAAAAUAAGCCAGCAACUAUUCCAGCUUUGGAAGACAACAUUUCCGAAGAAAUUCGGGCUAUUCCGGCCGAAAUGCUCGAAAAAGUUGCCCAAAAUUGGACUUUCCGAAUGGACCACCUAAGACGCAGCCGCGGUCAACAUUUAAAUGAAAUUAUCUUCAAAAAGUAAAUGUCAUGAACCAAUCUAACGUUUCAAAUAAAGAACCGAUGAGAUUUUGCAAAUUUUAUGCGUUUUUUUUUUUUUUAAAGUUAUCAAGCUCUUAAAAAAUCACCCUUUAUAUGCAUACAUAUUCGUAUAUACUUACAUAGACAUUUACAUAUUCAAAGUCCACAUUGGCAAACAAUAACAAGCAGGAUUGCGUACAAAAAGCGAAUCGAUCUCUCUAACGAGCUCUCAAUUGCUUAAGAUAACCAUACUUAUUAAUACACAAACAAUUCGUGCAUACUUUGGUGAAUAGCGCAUUGAUCUCCUCAGCGAGCUCUCAAUUGCACAAAACAUAAGUACCUUCAUAAGCACAUACAUACAUACAUAAAAGUCCAAGUAUUAGGGUGUACUCAAAUACUAACAUACGGACAUAAAAGUUGUUUAUAAAUUAAAAGUGCGGAUAUUUGCAAACUCAAAUAAUAACGACACUAAUCAAAAUUCACCUGCAGGAGCUACACGCCCAAAACAGGUUGCUAAAUUCAUUUCACAAAGUGACAGUUUAAUAAGAUACUGCACUAGAUUUGCCUCCUCACCGAUUCAAGAAAACUCUGAAUCGUUAUUAGAAGUAAAAGGUCAAAAUCUUACAAAUUUUUGGACUCGCCUCCAAGCGGCAUAUGACGCCAUCGUAGAUUCAGAUCUACCACAAAAUUUUAAAUUAUCUGCUACCGCAAUAUACGAAAAUUGCUUGGGCCAGAACGAAGAAACAAAAGCUAUGAUCUCCGAUCAACUGAAGCUAAUAAAAGCAAUUGCACCUACUCCCCACAGUAGAGUAGAGCUGCCACAAAUGCAACAAUAUCAAGAGGCAAGUUCAGGCAUCCACCUGGAGGUGCCCGCAUGUGACACAGAAACAUUUUACGCAGGUAGUGGCCGUCCUUCCGGAACAUGUUCACAGCCGUGUACAUAAACCAUCCUCAAUUAUCACAAGCGCAAAAAUUGUAUCACCUCCGAUACAAAACAAAAGGUCAAGCAGGCGAAAUAGUUAAACAGUUCGCAUUAAAUGACAAUAAUUUCAAUUUGGCUUGGGAAGCUCUAAAAGCUAGAUUUGAAAACGAAAGAAUACUGGUCGAUAAGCAAGUAACGUCACUAUUAAACUUGCCUAAAAUUAAGAAAGAAACAAGUGUAGAAUUCAUUAAACUAGAAUCCACUGUUUCUAAUUGUUUGUCGGUUCUAUCGACACUUAAUAUCCCCACAGACAGCUGGGAUCCUAUUCUGGUAAACAUUUGCACCGCCGCAUUACCAGAAAAGUCGUUACUUCUAUGGGAGCAAUCGCUCUCAUCACGAAAAAAGUGCCCACCGUGGCAACAAAUUAAAGAUUUUCUCCCCACCCAAUAUGAAAUUGCGGAAAGGUUAGAAGAAAAUAUAAUUAAAACUAAGAACAUUAAACACGACCAAAAUAGAAGCUUAAAUAGACCCCAAGCUAGAAGCAAAACCAAAUCAAACAGAAUUUCUAACAAAUCACAAUCGUUCACAUCCGAACAGAAAGAACAUACGUCAUGCGAACUAUGCAAAAGAGGGCAUAAACUUAUAUCUUGCCAGAGGUUUAAAAACUUAAAUAUUAACGAAAGGAAUACUUUUGUCAGGUCAAAAAGGCUUUGCACAAAUUGCCUCUCACAUGCGCAUACAUAUAAAAAUUGCAAAAGCAAAUUUAAUUGCUUACAUUGUCACAAAAGACACCAUUCGAUGCUUUAUUAUAGCAGAUAUCCUAACUUACUCCAAAGAAGCGCUUACACAAAAGAAACCACGGGUUUAGCAAAAGCAAGUCCCGAAAACCAAAAUUGUAAAAAUUGCCAAGAGACACCAUGUUACUCGAAGGCACAAAAAGUUCAAACGCUGCACAGCGAAACACAAAGUGGUCUAGUUACCGAACUAGUCACAACCAUACCAACUCAAGUUGAGUGCAAUGCAAAUAAAUACUUUAACUCACAAUUAAGGAAAUUUCAAACUCUAGAAGAUCAGUAUUGUGAAGACUUCUCUAAAGCUACAACUACUCGAUCAAAUAAUGGCCGGUACGUCGUACGACUACCACUAGAUCCACAAUAUUCCAAUACCUCACAUAUUGGUAGAAAAAACAAAGUGAGAUUUCGGUCUAACAAUAUUAAAAACUCAAAUAUAUGUUACUUUUCGACCCCUCAGGAUGGCUUUCGCCAAUAAUGAAAAAAAAAACAAUUCUGAACAGAUCCUAGAGCGGUGGCGGGCUACUCAAUUAAUAAUUAGUGCAUAUAUAAAAACAUAAAAUUUUCAAAUAAAUAAAAUCGCAAAAGCAAGUUAAGAGAUCACCAUACUCUCAAUGCGAUACCGUGACGCACCUACAUUUACAAAUAGCUAAGGUCGCUCUUAUUGCAUCGUUUUAAGCGCUCCUCAUAAUGGGAGUUGGUGAGAAUCUGUUGUAAAGCUUGAUUAUCCCACUUAAAAAAAUUAUAAUUCUAAUGAAGCCGUUCGCAAUUACCGGCCACUCUCUCGCAAGAUCCCUCUAUUGUCACAGCCCUAACUCCAGGGCUAAGGAGUACCCAUUAGCCGAUCAUAAAUUAAAUAUCAUAAAAAAUUGCAACAAUUGCCGAUAACAUCGAAAAGGCAAAUAAUGAACAACUGGUAUCCCAUGCCGAUGAAAUAAGAAAUUUAAAUAACCGCUAAAAAAUUAAUACAAGCAAAACACUUUCUUGCUAUAAUAAUACAAUAAGUCGUCAAAACACGCAAAAGCAAUUACUACCUCAAGCACCACUACUUUCCCAAAAUACAAUUUUCUAUUAAAACCAUUACAUAUUAAAUGUCUCAGAUUAUAUAUAUAAAACUAGGCAAAAUAUUCGCCUAGGGGGCCCAGGAUGUUUAAAUGAGUUAAGCAUCCACCCCCUCUACCCGGUGAAACUGGCGCAUCCUAAUGCUACAGCGCAAUUCACCACAGGAUGCCACUACACAACAACAUCCAUAUAACACACCACACUCACACCAACCCAACCAACAAAAGCAAAAUCGACGGAGAAGCGGACACUUUUCGAUCUACACUUUCGCCAUACACUCGUCGCAAAUCAGCAUUCGUCAUCUACUAUUCGUGCUGUACAAGCCGCUCAUCCACAAACGCUUUUUUUCGACCCCACACUGCGCCGUGGAAUUCCCACUUUGGUUUCGAGCGUCAUCGUUCCACUCGUGCCGACAACACAUCCUAUUUCUAUUCGGCGCGAUAUAUUAUUAAGCACAACAUUGUACCGCAAACAAAAGAUAAUUUUAAAUAAAUUGUACUUUUCAAAUACUCAACUACUUUUUCCUUUUAAACACUCGCGCGAGUGUCAGUUAAUACCAUCAGUGGUUUGUAUUCCCCAAUAAAUUGGGUCGUUAUUUGUACACUUUAAAAUAUCAUACAUUUUGACAAAUUGUACGGUUUACAAUCAGGAGGAAAGUCGGAAUUCAUUAUAUCAGAUAGGACAGAGAAUGAUUGCAUUACUUUCGUCAUCACUGAUGCAUACUUGAGAACCAUAAUUUUCAAGUAAUUUUACAAAAUUAUAACUCACAUACUAAAAGAUUCGUUGUAAGUCCUUUUAGAAAAAAAUCAUUUAAGAAGGAUAUGGACGUUGGGAUUUUUUACAUUUUUUCCAAUGUAACGAAGCUUGAUAAGCAACAUUUUUUGGUUUCGGAUCAGGUGCGUAAAUAUACAGAGAAGAUGGUUUUCCAACACA